CCUUCAUCUUUGUCAUUGCAGCCCGGCAAGGACCACCAGGCUUUGACCCGAAGCAGGAUGACUUCAGAAAUUUGUGGAGACGCCGUGGAGCAGGAGCAGGCCGAAAAUACUGAGGACAGAGUAGUGAGGAAGGACGGUGUGUUUCGCUUCAUGCUGCGCGGCCUCUUGUGGCCAUUCGGCAUCGUGGUACGUGCGUACCGAGGUUUUUGGUGGAUGCUGGGCUUCCGGCAGCCACAGCAGAGACCCCUCGUCAGUCCCUCGGUUUCCAGCCCUGCACGCCAGAGCCUCGCCGGCCGCAAGCGCCUGCGCCGGGUCACCCGCCUGCUGCUGUCCAUCCUUCCCCGCUGGGUGCAGAGCGGCCUGGGUUACCCGGUGUCCAGCAGCAUUGGACGCUCCCUCUCGCCAGAAAUCAGAGUCUCUCCUACUAAACCUUGUGGAAAGGGCAGCAAGAGAAAGCAGGAUGAGUUGGAGGAUGAGGAUGAAGAGCAGCCAACCUGGGUGGCAACAUUGUCUAAAGAGCUCACUGACGAAGACCUCCCUGAGGAGGAUCCCGACUAUGAGCCCAGUAGCAUGGAGACAGCAAGUGAAGAGUACUGCACGCACAACGACACAGAAAGUGACAUUGAGGUUGCUGAGCAUGGCUUGGCCAUUAUUAAAGACGUGAAGACGGAUGUUGAGCUGCCCCCUCCUGUUAAGUUACAUUGAUGUAUUGUUUCAGUGUAUUUCUGUUUAUAAAUUCAAUAAAACUUUGUACUUUGCCUUGACA